AGGUGUGCCGACACUUAGAGCGGCUCUACGAGCAGACGGUGACCAAUGAGAGAACUGGAGAGGCGCAGAUCACCCGGCUCAUGUCCCUGGGCCGAGACUUGGUGGAGCACACCAUGCCUGUCCUCCUUUGCUCCUUGCCGGCUCCGGGCUUUGAGGGCGAGGUUCCUGGCCUCGGCGCGCUGGUGGCUGGCGAGGGCACGGCAGUGGCUGCAGCCUUGGACCAGCAGACACAGCGCGGCUCGCUCCUGUCAGCGCUUCUUCAACAGGGGCACUUCCGGGCCGGUGCCAGCGAGGAGUGCGCAGAUCGUGACGGAGGCAAUGCAGGGAGGUCCUUUUCAUCAGUUCUACAGGAGGUCCAAAGUUCCUGGCAGUUUGCCGUGCCGGCGUCCAGCGGGCUGCUUGACGCCUUCGCCGGCGAGCAGGAGGUCCAGGUGCGGCAAGCCUACCUCGAUGUGUGCAGUCACCUGGACAAGUUCUGCUUCUUCCUCUCGGCCUUGCGGCCCUACCAGCGGCUGGCUGCAGCGGGUGGCGAUGCGGCUCUUUGCUGGCUGCGGCGCAGCCUUGGGCAUCUUCUGCAGGAGCUGGACAAGAGCUUGCUCCAACUCCGGCAGGCGAGCUUGGCUCUCAUGCAGGCAGCCAAGAAACAGCUCCAGGAGAGUCACGAGCUGGAGCUCAAGGACUUGGCAAAACGGCUGCCGAGUGCCACGGAUGUUGAGGUCCAGUGGAUGAAGCAGCUGCGCUUCGUGGACGAGCCGCGCCUCUCCGAGCUGCACCGGGCCUGUGCCGAGCAAGCCGCCCAGGUGAGCUCAUUGACCAGCGCAGCGCGGGAGGUGGAGCUGAAGUUGGCCGCCAAAGAGGGUCUCCAACAAAUCGCGAGCGCCUUCCUCUCUGCGGACUUCCAGGCGCGCUGCUCUCUCGCCUUGCCGGACAGGCUGGCGCUCGACAUGAGGGAGCUGGCUGGCAGAACGCCAGCCGCAAUCUCCAACUGAGUGCGCGCCCUGAGUGCCUGUGCGUCAAAAGGAGAGCUGCGGCCCUGUGUGGGGUGCGUUGGGCUGUCGUUUCGGUCGCGGCACUUAGUUCCGGCUGCCCAUGUUGAGGUGGCAAGGCAUGAUGUCGAGCCACACUUAGAUAGAAGACGAGGGAUUCAGGUGAUGAUGGUGAUUAGGACAUUCGGGCCGUUGUAUCAGGCGGCGACCUCGAGAUGCUAGGAUUCUCAAGUGCUGCUUUUCCAGACUAAGACUAAGAGCCGGC